AUGUGGCCAGGUUCGGGUGCGGAAGCAAGUGGCAUACGAACGGAGCGCGAUGCACAGCUACUACUGUCAACGGUAACGUCGUUGAUUGCCAAUCCACGCACACAUCUAACCGGGCGCUAUGAAACGCACCAAACCGUCAGCGACCUGAUACUCCCGGGCAGUGUCAGCACCACGUUCCUAAACAUGUCCCACGAGCUGGUGCAGGUGCUGACGGCCGAAAACGAUAGCGCCCUGCCGGUGGACGCGGCCGAAAACUUGACCGAGCUGUACGGACCGAAGCGUGACCCACUGUACGUGGUGAUACCGAUCACGGUCAUCUAUCUGCUGAUCUUUCUCACCGGUGUCGUCGGCAACAUUAGCACGUGCAUCGUGAUCGCCCGCAAUCGGUCGAUGCACACCGCCACCAACUACUAUCUGUUCAGCCUGGCCGUGUCCGACUUUCUGCUGCUCGUGUCCGGUGUGCCGCAGGAGAUCUACUUCAUCUGGAGCAAGUAUCCGUACGUGUUUGGCGAAACGUUUUGCGUGCUGCGGGGCAUCGCGGCGGAAACGUCCGCGAACGCAACGGUCCUCACGAUCACCGCGUUCACCGUCGAACGGUACGUCGCGAUCUGCCAUCCGUUUCUGUCGCACACGAUGUCCAAGCUGAGCCGGGCGAUACGCUUCAUCUUUGUCAUCUGGCUGAUCGCGAUCGUGUCGGCGGUACCGCAGGCGCUACAGUUCGGGGUCACCAAUCAGGGCGGUAUCGAUCAGUGCGUGGUGAAGCGCAUCAUCAUUCAGCACUCGUUCGAGCUGUCGACGUUUUUGUUCUUCUUCGCGCCGAUGACGCUCAUCACCGUGCUGUACGCGCUGAUCGGGCUGAAGCUGCGAUCGUCCACGCUGAUGCAGCGCGACGGUACACUACAGCGGCGCAACAAUGUUGUGCCGAACUCGCGCCAGUCGUCCGCCAACAGUCAGGGUACGAGGCGCGUCCUCAAAAUGCUCGUGGCAGUUGUUGUUGCGUUCUUCCUCUGCUGGGCACCGUUCCACGCGCAGCGGCUCGUUUACAUCUACGGCGUCGACAAGGACCAUCAGCCAUCGGAUCCAGUCAUUCUGAAGCUGUUCGUCGUCACCACUUACAUCUCCGGCAUACUCUACUAUCUGUCGACGUGCAUCAAUCCGCUGCUGUACAACAUAAUGAGCAACAAAUUCCGGCAAGCGUUCAAGGAGACGCUGGCCAACUGCUGUCAAAUUGCGCGUCAAUCAAAUAGUGCGGAGCGAUCAUACCGAAUACUGCCCCGACGGGAACGACGUUCUGCUGCAAACAAGGAAUCUUCCGAUAUCUCAGGCAAUUCCAUUAAGGACGAAAGCCUGUACUCGUCCUCUACUCAGAAACAAUCCUUCGACUCCAUAACGCUAUCCCGCGGACAGUCACUUAGGCGCACGUCGUCGACCACGGCGCUUGGUGUGCAGGAAAGCGUCCUCUCCUCGCCGAUCGCCUACACCGCCCUCUACCAUAACCACCCUCACCAACACCACCACCACCACCACCACAACCACCACCACCAGCAUCAUGCGCACAGUUACGGCCAUUACGCACACCCGUACAGUCCACCGUCGUACGGGGAAAAAUUGUCGGCCACAGCGAACGUGCUAGUGGCAAGCAAACCGGGCCGUCCCGAGCUCGACCUAUACACACAGGAGCGAGAGCUGCAGCUAAACAUCUUCGCCUCGUCGGUGGACACGGGCACGGCAGCUGGUGGCGGUGGUGCGAACAAAGCCACCGACCAUCUUGGCGACCGAACGCUCAAGCGCAUCAGCAUCCAGAUCAAUCAGAUCAGCGUGCGGGGUAGUCUUGGGGCGCGUGGAACCGAACCGCUCGGGAUGGAUAUGGUGGCGAAAGGGGAUCGGCUGCCGGAGCGUAGUGACACGCUGCGGCUGCUGUGCAAGCAACCGCGCGGUCAGGACGGCCGGAUAGAGAUCUUCGUGCGGAACAGGCAACGGCAGCAGCAGCGAAGCCGGCUGCGGCUGUGGCGCUUCUUUCAGCACGUUCGUCCACUGAAGCACCCGGCCGGCGCUAGUAUCGGGCGGCAGAAGCUGAUGACAUCGGCGGCCGCCGGUGCAGUCGUGCACUUCUACGAGGAUCGCUCGCCAGACGGUGCAUCGCUAGCGGAGGACCGUUUGCUCGCCAACAAACACCACCCGUGCGGCAUCGCCGACGGGGACGGUGAGGAUGGACAUGGUGAAAAUCAUUCCGCACUGGACGACGAUCUCGAGGCGUACAUGAGGGAGAUAAAGCUGCGCGAAACCAUCAAUCGCUAG